AAAAUGACGACAGAAGCACAGAGUGCUUUUCAUUCCGCCCGGAACCCAAACUAACCAUGAUAAAAUCAUCACCACUUGCAUGGGCGAUGCACCGUAGACAGCGAGUAAAUGUGCUGCUCGGUCUCAUCGGCUUCAUAGCUGUCUGUCAUUACACCCUCUCGCUAUUCUCAACAAACAGCUAUCCCCAAAAUCGCAACCUGUCAAUGGUCACAAACACGCCAGAGAAAUCCGCGGGAUUUUCGCACAAAGGGCAACGACCAACGAAAGCACUAGUUGUUGCAAGUAUGUCAUCAGAUGACACUUCGUGGAUCCAGGACAAUAUUCGAGGCUGGCAAAUCAACAGAUAUAUUGGAGACUCUGAAGUUUCUCAUCCCAGGGUACCCAAAAACAAAGGCCGUGAGGCAAUGGUAUAUCUUUCAUACAUGAUCGAUUACUACGACACCCUUCCAGAUGUCAUGGUCUUUAUGCACAGCCAGCGGUAUCAAUGGCACAACGAUGACCCUUUAUAUGGUUAGUUUCCGUCCUCCAACGCAGAGUAACGCAACUUACUUACGAAAAUUCAGACGGUGUUCCCGUACUUCAAAAUCUGCAAAUCCCAUUCGUUUUAUCCCAAGGCUACGUAAAUCUUCGAUGCGUUUGGAUCUUGGGUUGUCCAGCUGAGUUGCAGCUUGACCCAGAAUUCAUAAACUCACCCGAACAAGCUUCUCAAACCACCCAACUAGAAUAUGGUAAAGCCUUUGGAGAAAUUUUCCCAAAUGAGACCCUCCCCAUGGUCGUUGGUGUCUCCUGUUGUGGUCAGUUUGCACUCACGCGAGAAAAGAUUCGUUCAAGGUCUCGGGAAGACUAUAUCCACUGGCGACAAUGGCUUCUGGAAACACCACUAGAUGACGCUAUUAGUGGUCGAGUUUUCGAAUAUUCAUGGCACAUUAUUUUUGGGAAAGAAGCAGUCCAUUGCCCAAAUGCAAAGGAAUGUUAUUGUAACGUUUUUGGGCUUUGCAACCUGGAGUGUGGGGAAGAAGGAACAUGUGGCAAUCGAUGGAUACUCCCACCUUCAUCGACUCUGCCACAAGGCUGGCCUGCCAGAGGAUGGAAUGGAGAAAGUCAAGAUGAGGAGACUUUAGCGCGGUUACGGAAUAGCUCGAUUUCUCCUACUUGAGUCUUCGAGGUUCGACUUAAAGACGAAAUUUUGGUAUGAGCAUGGGAAUAUCAACUUCCGAACCUUAUUGGGCCUCUACAGAAGUCGGGAAUCUGCUCACUGAACCUUGCCCUGGUGGUAACGGGGAGAUGGCCACCAAAUGAAAAAGCCUGUGGUUCGGUGUGCCGCGCUGCAGGAGAUUUUCCUCGAAUGGUCGCGACUAACGGGCAAAUCGCGUUGUGUUGAGGAAAAUGGAAUGGGAUCGUCGUCCCAUGGGUGGAAAUGAAUGUGGACAAGGCUUGUUAAGAUCGUCUAUAAAUUGUAACGUGUUAGCUCCAAAGUGCUUGGAACGACACCAUCGGGUUACAAACAUAGAUAAAACAAUAUGGCAAAUUUAAUAAAGAUAGACUAGAGAUAUGUG